CUUUUUGCUUCAUCUAUAGUUUUACCUUUUCCACAAUGUUAUGUAGUUUAAGUCAUAUAGUAUGUAGCCUUUUUAGACUGGCUUCUUUCGCUAAGCAAUACACAUUUGAGAUUCCUCCAUGUCUUUUUGUGGCUUGAGAGCUCAGUUCCUUUUAAUCACUGAAUAAUAUCCCAUCAUAUGGAUGUACCACACUUUGUUUAUCCAUUCACCUUUUGAAAGAUAUCUCGAUGGCUUCUAGAAUUGGGCUUCUAUGAAUAAAGCUAUCAUAAAGAUUAAUGUAUAAGCUUUUGUGUUGGCAUAAGUUUUCAGCUCAUUUGGGUAAAUACCUAGUAGCACAAUUGCUGGGUCGUAUGGUAAGACUAUGUUUAGCUUUUUAAGAAACUGCCCAGCUCUCUUCCACUGUGGCUGUACCAUUUUGCAUUGCUACCAGCAAUGAAGGAGAGUUCUUGUUGCCCAAGCAGUUUUCAAAUGAAAUAAUUCACACUAUCCCAGGUAAGUAAUUAUGAGUGAGUCUCAGCCAUUUCCCUCCUAUUUGACACACUUUGUCUGGUUUCUAUGCUAGAACUCUGUAGAAGAGUAUUUCUGUGAGUGUACAAUGUACAGGAUUUGGCAAUUUGUUGAGACAUUAGGAGCUGAAACCUGGUGGAGAAUUCUCACCCAAUAAGGCAAAGAGAUGACAGACAGGGGAAUGCUAAAUUCCAGUGGCAAACAUUUCUGAACAGCAACUCGGUGUCAGAUACAACCCUAGCUCCUGGGGAUACAUAGUACUUCAAGAGUCCCCAAGACCACUAGAUUCAGCGAUUCACUAGGAGGACUUACAGUAAUAAGCAUAUAGUUGUACUCAUGGCUAUACUUUAUUACAGCAAAAGUUACAAAACAAAAUCAGCAAAGGGAAAAGUGUCAUGGGAUAAAAUCUGGAGGAAAUAAAGUGAACUUGCAAUAGUCUUCUCCCAAUGGAGUCACACAAGAUAUGCUUAAUUCCUCCAGGAACUAAGUGUUAGAACACAUGUGAAGUAUUAGCUGCCAGGGAAGCUCAUUAGAGACUCAAGGUUUUUAUUGGGAGCUGGUCCCACAGGCCUCCUCUGCCUAACAUGUACCAAAAUUCCAGACUCCCAGAGAGAAAGCAGAUGUUCAGAAUAAACCACAUUGUUUGCACCAAGAGUUUAGGCCCAGUGAGCCAUGCUCACUAGGGAAUGGGAGGAUCUCUCCUAAAAUCCAAAUUCCCAGAUGCCAGAGAACCACCAGCCUUACAAACAGGCCUUUCUAAGGAUAGCAGUCUCAGGCUUGCUAUGGUAACUGGUUAAUGCACUCAGAGAUAUAAACAAGUAAUUACAAUACAGCUAGAUAAAUGCAAUGAUUAGUUCAUUUGACUAAGGUUUAUUGACCCUUCAAAGGAUCACGUAAAAAUAAGAAAACGAGAUGUGCUUGCUGCACCUUGCCUGACCCAACUCAGCACCGUAAUAUCUCCCUGAUCCCCACCCCCCACUCCAACUGACAAGGUAUAUUGUCUAUAAAAAUCUCUUCUGUCUGUGCUCCAAAUUCCACCUCCUCACCUCCAUUUGGAAUCCGCUGCACAUCCUGGGGCCUUUGUUUUCUGUCUGUCUUAUAACCUCAUUCUGCCUAGCCCCUUAGGUAAGUGCUUUGGGUCCCUUAGGUAAGUGCUUGGUUUGAGUAGAUUCUAGCUUGGCCCCAACUACCAAUUCUGCCCCACCUCCAGCCAGCUAGGAUCGUCAGCUCCCCACAUUUUAUCCAGCAUCCUUGGCCCCCUUAUUUGUUCCAGAACCUAACACAUUUGAAUUUGAAGCCCCAGUUCUUGGGGCUCUCACUUAUCCCUUUCCCUCAGUCAAUGGCCUAAAAGCCUCCCAGUUUCUACCCAGAGCCUUUGGAUAAUUUUCACAUCAUUACCAACUGCUGGGUUUGUGCCCAAGCUAUGAGCUUCAGCUGUCUCAGCGUUUCCCUGUGCAAUCCUCUCAUGAAGGAGUUCUGACUGCAACCAGCACCUCAGCAUCCCUGUGGCUACAUGUUCUCACAGCUGUUGCCCCUUCUGAGGAAAUUUGCUGGUGACCCUCAAAUCCUGUCCUCUUUCCUCUGUCAGGGGUGGUUGUUUCAGAAUUACCAAACUCCAGGUUUCAGGCUGGGUUGGGCAAGAACAAAGGCAAUAUAUGUUGUUUUCUUGGUCUCAAAAUUAGCAAAAAUAACAAAGAGGCAGGUAGUGAACUCCUAAUGAUACUAAGCAACAUGUUUGGCGAUCCAACCAAGGAGUCUCAAAAGGCAACCUUCCUGCCUCACGUCAUCCACAGACCCAGGCAAUUCACACAUCCUGAGGUUUCUGGGAACUCACAGAUGCUAGGAAUCGUUCAGCCCCAACUUUCCCACUCCGAUGUAUCUCCUUCAAAAACGGCACAGAGACACAGAACAGCCUUCUGUUAUGUUCCGGAAAUGUAGGUAGUGAUUUGAAUAAAGGGAAGAAAAGUUCACCAAGAGACAAGGCUGGUGAGGCAGUGAGGAGCUAGGUUCUGGAAGGCUGGGAACUCCAUGAUAUGGGUACUUGGAAAGGCAAGAGGCGUGAUCAGAUUUGCAUUUUAGAAUGAUCCCAGCCCACUGGAGGGAAGGUAGGCAGAGAAUGAAUCUGAAGGCGAGGAGAUAAAGAUCAGAAACUUUGUAAUAAUUCUGGAAGAGGGAGAUGGGACCUCAACUAGACCAGAGGCAAUGGGCAUAAAGAGGAGAGGCAAAGACGUGGGUUUAGAAGAUUGAAUAAUCAGGACAUAUAGGAAAAUGGAGGAAUGGAGGGAGCAUGGCUCCUGCUUUCUGACUUCGGGAUCAGCAUCUUGGGCAGUAACUCUGUUAAUGUAAAGAAUACAGAGGGACAAAUGUUGACUCCAAACAGCUUCAUACUGUAGCCCCCCCUUCACCGUCUUCUCUGCAUUUGAAGUGUUCUUGCUAUUUUGUUUGUUUUCCUUUCAAGGUCCAGCAAUGCCCUUGGUGUGUUUGGCAGACUUCCAGCACAGAAUCCACCUCCGUCCCCGGUACCUAAGAGAUGUGUCAAAGGUGGACACCAAGACCACAAUCCAAGGGGAGGAGAUCAGUGCCCCCAUUUGCAUCGCGCCCACAGGUUUCCACUGCCUGGCCUGGCCUGAUGGGGAACUGAGCACAGCCAGAGCUGCCCAAGAAGCCGGUAUCUGCUACAUCACCAGUACAUACGCCUCCUGUGCCCUUGAAGACAUCGUUACCUCCGCCCCCAGAGGCCUCCGGUGGUUUCAACUCUACGUGCAGCCAGACCGACUUCUGAACAAACAGCUAAUCCGGAAGGCCGAAUCCCUGGGCUUCAAAGCUUUGGUAAUCACUGUGGAUGCACCCACAAUUGGCAACAGGCGACACGACUUUCGAAACCAACUGGACUUGAAGAUGAAUUUAUUGCUAAAGGAAUUUCAGUCACUUAAAGAGAGAAAUUCAAUACCUCAUCUCCAGAGGUCUUCCAUUGACCCAUCCAUCUGCUGGAAUGAUCUCUCCUGGUUUCAGGGCAUAACUCACUUGCCCAUCAUCCUUAAAGGGAUCUUGACAAAAGAGGAUGCAGAGUUAGCUGUGAAGCACAAUGUCCAUGGCAUCAUUGUUUCCAACCACGGUGGGAGGCAGCUUGACGAGGUUCCUGCUUCGAUUGAUGCCUUGACAGAGGUUGUGACUGCAGUGAAAGGAAAAAUUGAAGUGUACCUGGAUGGUGGGAUCCGAACUGGCAAUGACGUGUUAAAGGCCCUAGCGCUUGGGGCAAAGUGCAUUUUUCUUGGAAGACCAAUCCUCUGGGGUCUUGCCUAUAAGGGUGAACAUGGUGUUCAGGAAGUUCUGAACAUUUUGAAAAAGGAGUUCCACACCGCCAUGACCCUUUCAGGUUGCCGGUCAGUUGCUGAGAUCAAUCGGGACCUGGUCCAGUUCCCCAGGUUGUAACCCAACGACUGACGUUGCCCAUGAAAGGAAAACAAAUUCAUGGCAUGGUGUGUGAUGCCUUCCUCCAGGGGCCGCAACCUAGCCUGUGGUGCAUCCGUGCACCCUCUCCCCUCACCCACUGUGCUUCACACUCCCCAAACUCCUCAUCUUCCUCAAAUGUGCUCUGCCCUUCUGUAACUCACUGCAUCUUAUAGGUUGUUCUCUUGCACGAAAUGCUCCUCUCAGGGAAAUAAUACAGUCAUAGCAACCUGUGUGAUUUAGGCAAGGUUUUAGAUCUCUGUGUUUCCAAGCUCACUAGGCUGGGGAAAAAGAGUAAAUAAAUGUACAGAGAACAAAACUUAGGUCCUAGUAGAAGUCCAGGAAAUAGUAGUUCUUUUAUUAUUGUUUGGCAAAUUCCUAUUCAUUUUUUAAGACCCUGGUCAAAUAUCAUCUAACCUUAGCCCGAUCUAGUUGCUCUGUGCUUCCUACUGCACUUUUAAGAGUAUAAAGAUCCUGGCACCUUACUGAAGUCCCAUUCAAUCAUUAACAACUAAUCCAAUCCAUCAUCAUAUUGUAUGACUAAACUAUCUCCCAGGACAAUACCACUCAGAUUUGCAAGCUUCCAUUUGAUCUUGUCAGGUUCCAAAAGUAGAGAUAGUCUCAGCAACAUAAGGUUACACCUUUUCAGGCAUCGGAUAUCAUUGAGCCAAGAGACAAUAUCAUCUUUUGCUCUGAGCCUCUUUUAAGACAGCAGUGCCAUAUUGGAUUACCCUCAUUACAUAGCCCAUUUACUCAUUCCUUUACCUUCAGUUAUCAUUCCUCCUUCUCUCCAUUUAUAUCCAAAUUUUCUUAUCUUUGGAUACUAGGUUCAGCCACUGUGUUGGUACAGAUUGCUGACAGCUAUACUAGUCUACUAUCUACUAUGUGCCUCUCCCUCAGUCUACUUCCAUUCAUAUGUGGCAGGGGUCCGUAGGUGCUGAACUAGUGGACUAUCUGUAUCACUAAGCAAUACAGCAGCAUUCACUGUCAACCCCAAUUUUGUCAGACAAGGUGAAGCUGGAAUCCACACAUCAGGCUCUGUGCUGCUUUGGAUCUGUUAUGUACCCCAUAAAAGGCCAUGUUCUUUUAACCCACCUUUGUGGGUGGGACCUUUUGAUUAGAUUGUUUCCAUGGAGAUGUGACCCCACCCAUUCAAGGUGGGUCUUAAUCCUUUA